CGCAUCUUCGUGGAGGACCGCCACCGCGUGCUGUACUGCGAGGUCCCCAAAGCGGGCUGCUCCAACUGGAAGCGCGUGCUCAUGGUGCUGGCCGGGCUGGCCGCGUCCACCGCCGACCUCCAGCACAACACGGUGCACUACGGCGGCGCCCUCAAGCGGCUGGACGCCUUCGACCGCCAGGGCAUCCUGCACCGCCUCAGCACCUACACCAAGAUGCUCUUCGUCCGCGAGCCCUUCGAGAGGCUGGUCUCCGCCUUCCGCGACAAGUUCGAGCACCCCAACAGCUACUAUCACCCCGUCUUCGGCAAGGCCAUCCUGGCCCGGUACCGGGCCAACGCCUCUGGGGAAGCCCUGCGGACGGGCUCUGGCGUGCGCUUCCCCGAGUUCGUCCAGUACCUGCUGGACGUGCACCGGCCGGUGGGCAUGGACAUCCACUGGGACCACGUCAGCCGGCUCUGCAGCCCCUGCCUCAUCGACUAUGACUUUGUGGGCAAGUUUGAGAGCAUGGAGGACGAUGCCAACUUCUUCCUGAGCCUCAUCCACGCCCCGCGCAACCUGACCUUCCCCCAGUUCAAGGACCGGCACUCGCAGGAGGCACGGACUACCGCGGGCAUCACCCACCAGUACUUCGCGCAGCUCUCCGCCCCGCAGCGGCAGCGCGCCUACGACUUCUACUACAUGGACUACCUGAUGUUCAACUACUCCAAACCCUUCGCUGACCUGUACUGAGAGCCUGGCGGCUGCCCGUGGGCACCCUGCCCACCACUCACCUGUCCGAGGGGCAGGUUUCCUUAGCCAGGAGCCGAGAUGUACCCAGAACAACUGGGCUCCGAGGACGUGAGGAGCUGUGGCUGCUGCAGGCCCUGGUGGGGACAGAGGCCCAGGCCUUGGGUGGGGACCCUGGCCCAAGCCUCAUAGCCACUUCCUUCUUGGCUGAGGAAGGUAUGGAGGGGUGUGAGCUGGACACCCAGGAGUCCCAGCUGCUCACACCCAGCUCAGCCAGGAGUCAGGAUGACCAGGGAAGCCCGAGGCCCGAGGAUGAGGGCCGGGUGGUAAGGGAUCUCCUGCAGUCCCUUCGCCAUUGCCUUGUACCAAACCACAUGGUUUGCAGCUUUUCUAUGACCCAGGAGGAGGUUCCAAAUAAAGCACAUGGUUUCCAGAACA